CAACAAUUCCCUUUAAUACGUUGGAGUGUCUCCCCCUGUCGGAGUCUCCCUGCACAUAUACUGUCAGUCUCGGGUGCCCCCACGGCUCUGCAUCCGCUUCAUUCGUCCAAUACCACCCAGCGGUCGACUUGUUGCCUAUCCUAACUUUUGCGCUUCAUCCCGGUCCGCUCAGGACCACAACAGCCGGCAGCGGACUGACGAAAGCACGCCAACCAAUCCUACGGCGCAGGGGAUAACUAUCACAGUUGGAUACACAAUUGGAACGGCGCUAUGUUACGGUCAUCUUUAGGGGUAGGCCGAGGCCGAAUCCCGGCUUUGCAGAAACCCGGACGUUUACUGAGGUCGGAUAGCGUGCUGCUCCGCUGGAGCCCGAUUAGACGGUCUGCUUCGACUGUCACGAGCCUAGACAAUUUCCCGGAGAUCGGCGAAGGGAUCCAUGGGUUCACCGUCCAAGAAAAGCAGCACGUCCCCGAGCUGCAUCUCACAGCCGUCCGGUUAAAGCAUGACAAGACCGAUGCGGACUACAUCCAUGUGGCUAGGGAAGACAAGAACAACGUCUUUGGUAUCGGGUUCAAGACAAAUCCUCCGGAUGCUACCGGUGUUCCUCACAUCCUGGAGCAUACUACACUAUGCGGAAGUGAAAAAUAUCCAAUUCGCGACCCCUUCUUCAAAAUGCUCCCUCGGUCCCUCUCGAACUUCAUGAACGCCUUCACCUCUGCCGACCAUACUACCUACCCAUUUGCCACCACCAAUCAGCAAGACUUCCAGAACCUCCUCUCGGUAUAUUUGGAUGCCACCUUCCACCCGUUGUUGAAGGAAGAAGAUUUUCGACAGGAAGGAUGGCGACUGGGGCCGGAGGAUCCUCGCGCCAUUCUGGCCCGUGAGGAGCAAUCUCAGGGGGAGCAGAGGCCCGAGGAUAUCCUUUUCAAGGGUGUCGUAUACAAUGAGAUGAAGGGCCAGAUAUCGGAUGCCAACUAUCUUUACUACAUAAAGUACAAGGAGAGCAUCUUCCCCGCGCUGAACAAUUCGGGAGGUGAUCCUCAAUACAUCACCGAUCUAACUCACAAGCAACUGGUCGACUUCUCCAAACGCAAUUACCACCCCAGCAACGCGAAAAUAUUCACUUAUGGUGACAUGCCGCUAAGCGCCCAUCUUGAGCAAAUUGGAGGCGUGUUGGACGGGUUCCAAAAGGGCGAGGCUGACACGGCCGUCAAGCUGCCGGUUGACCUCACUCAGGGUCCUCAAAGCGUCACCGUUUCCGGUCCGAUCGAUACAUUCGCCAGUGAAGAUAAGCAACACAAAACCUCUACGUCCUGGUACAUGGGAGAUAGUGCCGAUGUUGUCGAGACUUUCUCGGCUGGAAUUCUUUCUUCGCUGCUCCUGGAUGGCUAUGGGUCGCCUUUGUACCGGGCCUUGAUCGAAAGUGGCCUGGGUUCUUCAUUCACGCCUAACACAGGGCUCGACUCGUCAGGCCGUGUUCCCGUCUUCUCCGCUGGGGUUACUGGUGUGAGCGAAGAGGAAGCGCCGAAAGUCAAAGAGGCCAUCCAGAAAGUAUUCGAAGGGUGUCUUUCUACUGGAUUUAGUGACGAAAAGGUUCGGGGAUUCCUCCACCAGCUGGAGCUCGCUCUGCGACACAAGACUGCCAACUUUGGCAUUGGAGUUAUGGAGAAGACCAUCUCCUCGUGGUUCAAUGGUUCAAAUCCCAUGAAGGAGCUUGCGUGGAACGAAGUCAUAGAUGAGUUCAAAAGGCGGUACGAGAAGGGCGGCUACCUAGAGUCUCUGAUGCAGAAGUAUCUCAUGAACGAUAACUGUAUGACCUUCACAAUGGUUGGCAGUCCUACUUUCAACAAGGGGCUAGACGAACAAGAACUGGUGCGGAAGGAGCAAAAGCUCAACCAGCUCAUUGAGCAGCAUGGCUCCCUUGAGAAAGCGAUUGCCAAGCUGACAGAGGAAGAGCUCCAAUUGCUUAAAAUCCAAGAGGAGGCCCAAAAUGCGGACCUGGGAUGCCUACCAUCCCUUCAGGUUGCUGAUAUUUCUCGGGAGAAAGAGCGCAAGCCAGUUCGGGAGUCUAAAGUUGACGACGUAGAUGUCGUCUGGCGCGAGGCUCCUACUAACGGUCUGACCUACUUUCAGGCAUUGAAUGCAUUUGAAGACCUUCCAGAUGACCUCCGGCUAUUAAUGCCUCUGUUCAACGACUGCAUAAUGCGCCUUGGCACAGCGAGCAAGUCGAUGGAGCAGUGGGAAGAUCUCAUCAAACUGAAGACUGGCGGAAUUUCAACGUCCUCUUUCCACACCUCAUCGCCAACGCAGCUUGGAAAGUUCGCCGAAGGUCUUCAAUUUUCUGGUUUUGCCUUGGAUCAAAAUAUCCCGGAGAUGCUGGAGAUUCUCACUACGCUUAUCACUGAGACGGAUUUCACUAGUCCCAGUGCACCGGCUAUGAUCCAGGAACUGUUGCGACUGACGACAAACGGUGCCUUGGAUGCAGUGGCUGGGUCAGGUCAUCGUUAUGCCCUUAAUGCCGCCGCCGCAGGUCUCUCGCGUAGCUUGUGGGUUCAAGAACAGCAGUCCGGCCUUGCCCAGUUGCAAGCUACAGCUAACCUGCUGCGCGACGCGGAGACCUCGCCGGAGCGUCUUGCAGAGUUGAUUGAAAAGCUUCGUCUGAUUCAAUCCUUUGCUACUUCCAAGUCUUCCGGUCUCCGUGUCCGUAUGGUCUGCGAGCAAAACAGCGCCAAACAAAACGAGUCGGUGCUACAAAAGUGGCUCGCGGGCUUGCCCCAAAUCCGCUCGCCGACAUCUACUCCCAGCAGUACAGCCAUCGGCCUAGGUGCAAACAAGGCAUUCUACGAUAUGCCUUACAAGGUCUACUACUCAGGAUUGGCUAUGCAAACCGUUCCUUUUACCAACCCAUCCAAUGCAACCCUCAGCGUCCUCUCCCAGCUUCUUACGCAUAACUACCUCCACCCGGAAAUCCGCGAGAAGGGCGGCGCCUAUGGUGCGAGCGCUAUGAAUGGACCAGUGAAAGGAAUGUUCGCCUUCACUAGUUACCGGGAUCCCAAUCCCAUCAACACCUUGAAGGUUUUCCAGAACAGCGGAGUCUUCGCUAGGGACCGAGCUUGGUCGGAACGGGAGCUCAACGAGGCGAAACUGGGUAUCUUCCAGGGCCUUGAUGCUCCCAUGAGCAUUGAUGAAGAGGGGGCGAGAUAUUUCAUGAGUGGUGUGACUCAUGAGAUGGAUCAACGCUGGAGAGAACAGGUCCUCGACGUCACGGCCAAGGAUGUCAACGAAGCAGCCGAGGCCUUCUUGGUCCAGGGCUCACAACGGUCGGUCUGUCUACUUGGCGAGAAGAAAGACUGGGUUGAAUCGGAAGGCUGGGAUAUGAGGAAGCUUUCUAUGAACGUUUCUGGCGAAUGAAGCCCAGCAAACAGGAGGUCCGGUAGGGCCGAUUCCCUAGGGAUGUUUGAUACCCUAUAUUCACCUGCCCUUCGUAGCAUUCGGCCCGUCGGCCUGGCUUGUGAAGGGCUACCGUCAGCCAUCCGGGCCGGAACAUCUAACUAAUGUUCUAGCACGUCUAGUUCCGAAACUGCAUCUGGAGGUUCUCCUACCACUGGAUAGGAAAGACCAGGACGCUAUGAAAAGGAAGGAAACUCCGAGGACGAGUUGAAAGGAACACACAUGAAUAGUGGUUUCUGAGAAUCCUUCCGUAGCUAGAUUACUAAUCUCUUCUCUACUUAAUAGACUCUUGUCUAGAUAGUUGCUACUUCCUACUGUUUAGUCAAGCCAAGAUUGCUGCUAGUAUUAGCCUAAUGAAGCCCCGCCAAGUCUGAGGCUAGCUAUGCAGGGAUCUUCACCGUUGCAGCAUGAACAUGCAACCGGAACGCCGUGUCCCAAUUCUAG